AUGGUUGUUUAUGUUGUGGCUGCAGGUUUCAGGAUGAUGGAGAUGUUUAGACUGGUGGAGGGUGUGCAUGGACAUGUAUCAGGAGUGUCCAUGGAGCCUGGCACCUUCAACAGCUUCCCAUGCUUCCGCCUGCACAACAACUCCCUCCUCGCCCAGCCCACCAAGUAUGGACAAUAGCAUCUUAACUAAAAGGCAUAACAGUACAUUGCCUUCCAUCAAUCAGGUAGAAUUUAGUAGACGCUCUUGUCCAAAGCGACAAAACGUCAGUGAGUACAAUGAGCAUGAUGCAGGUUGCUUAACAGUAUAUGACACUUCACAUAAAGCUACUUUACCCAAUGAUAACAUAAGGUAGCCUAGUGGUUAAGAGCGUUGGGCCAGAAACCGAAAGGACGCUGGUUCGAAUCCCCAAGCUGACUAGGUGAAAAAUCUGUUGAUGUGCCCUUGAGCAAGGCACUUAACCCUAAUUGCUCUUGUAAGUCGCUCUGGAUAAGAGCGUCUGCUAAAUGUAAACAUUACAACAUACAACUUACCCUACUCCCCUGAAUUGAAUCUUAUUUUCCUGUCACUUGGCCUGAAAAUGCUGCUAUUACAAUGAAGAGGUGGUGAUAAUGACAGACAGCUGGCCUCACCUGGUUUAUUUCCUCUCCUUUAUCUGCAACAAUCCCACAUCACAGAAAACAUAGUCAUUUUGUAUCUCAUUCUCAAAUUAAAAUGCAGGAAAUAUGGUCCAUAUACAGUAUGAAGAAACAAUAGCUUCCUGCUCCUGACCUCUCUUUAGAAUUGAAUGACACUAAUGAAAUAAUUGAAUUGGCAAGUUGAAACAGCUUUUGAAAUGGUGUUUAAUAACAGUUUAACUCUGUGAAGGGGCUUCAACAAAAGCCAUUGUAUGUUCAGACUAGAGCCUCCUGUUCUGUGAACUUUCCACCCCAGGUUUAUCCACCCCGAGGGUUUGCCCUCCGAUUACACCAUCACUAUGCUGUUCCGCCUGCUGCCUGAAACCCCCAAGGAGCCCUUUGCAUUGUGGGAGAUCCUCAACAAGGACAACGAGCCCCUGGUGGGCGUCAUCCUGGACAGUUAGUAGAAUGCUGGGGGACGGGGCUGGGACUUAGCUGGGACCGUGUGUCAAGUUCCCACUGUUUGGUUGCUGUCAUAAGAUAGACAAAGCAAUGGACAGUCUCUGCUUGUUUAUCAAUUGUGAGCAGCACAAUGAUUUGUGUGUAAAUCAUUCGCAUGUUCAAACAUUUUCUCAAUGUAGGCUACAUGUCUACUAAACCGUCCAUGCCUCCUCUAUUUGAAACGAGAACAUUCCUCACUAUAUUCGAGUUGUACUGAAUAUGUUAUGAAACUGCAGAAAGUAAGGCAAACGUUCUCUUUCCAACUCUAGACGGUGGCAAGACCCUCACCUUCUUCAACCACGACUACAAAGGACAGUUUCAGACUGUGACCUUCGAGGGACCUGAGAUCAAGAAGCUCUUCUACGGCAGUUUCCACAAGGUCAAAGUUCAGAAACACUCACUUAUCUCACUUCCUCAGUGCAUCGCUGCUACAACAUCACCCUAA